AUGGCAACAAAUGUGACUCUGUCCCUGGACAGCCCAGAGGCGAAAAGCAACCGCUUUCAGUUGUUAGGCUGGUUGAAUAAAUCUUUACAGACCAAUUUUACUCAGGUCGAGCAGAUAUGUUCAGGUGCAUGUUUUUGCCAGUUGAUGGACUGGCUUUUCCCAGGGUCAGUCAACAUGAGCAAAGUGAAUUACCAGUCUCAGGAACAGGCAGAUAUCCUUCAAAACUACAGUCUCUUGGAAGAAAGCUUCAAAAAAACAGGCAUCACAAAAGCCAUUCCUGUCGAGGAGCUGAUGAAAAGGAAGUUCAAGGCCAGUUUUGCCUUUCUUAAGUGGUUCAAGGUGUUUUUUCAAGCCAACCAAUCAGGACAGGUGUAUGACCCAGUUGCAGCUCGUAAUGGUCAGGAGAUUCUUCCCAUGGAGCCGUACCUUUGUUUCCUGCAGACUUCAGAGCACCUGAAUAAUUCAAGUAAUUCUGGGAAAGAAGAAUCUAGCACAGAUAAGGAAGUGUCUGGGAGGAAACGCAUCACUUAUGAUGUCCAAUGGGAAGAUGUCUACAAAUGGGUUAGGCCGAGUAAUCUAGGGGACAUUUAUGCUUACUGCACUAUCUGUGACUUUAACCUCAAUGUCCUCCACUCAGGUUUGUAUGAUCUUAAACGUCACCAGCAGACUAAAAAGCACAGACAAAGGGCAGUCAAGACUCUGCAGGAACCACUGGAGAAGCAAACCAAUGGAAAAAUUGAGUCCUUCACCUGUAGUGAGAUUGUGCUGCAAUUCAUUCAAACCCACUGCCUCAUCAGUCUGUCAGUGCCAAGCAACCAAGUCUCACAUCACACUGCAAGGCAUGUCCUUGGACUACAAUACCCUCAAGACAUUGUUUCUGCUUGCAAGCAAAUGCCUUACUGUGUAUACCUGUAUGGACGGGUGACACUGGGUGAGGGACAGGAGAGCACUGCUUGUGUUGUCCUUGUCGGGUUUUUUGAUAGUAAGACUGCAAAACAUUACAUCAGACUCUUAGAUGUUUUCCCGCAGACUGCUGAAGACUCUGGUGAUACCGUGGCCAGUGGCUUGGUUGAUACCUUGAAGAAAUUCAAACUUCCUGCAAGCAACAUGGCUGCUUUCUAUGUUGAUGUAAAAGACAACAGUUUUGAGAGGAUUGCUUCACGGCUCAAAGAACUGAACCCAAAGGUGACAGCUCUUGGUGGACUGUACAUCUUAGCCAACACUGCCUGCCAUGUCGGAGUGACGGAGCACUUCAAACUGGUCCAGGACCUCAUUUUUGAUAUCUAUGGACAUUACUCCACUUGCUCCACCAAGAAUGACAACUUGAAAGCUCUGUUCGCAGGUGUAGGUGCACUUGGCACAUCCAACCCACCACUCAGCUCCCGGUGCCAGGAAUUCUGUGUAUUUCUUCAAAGGAUGUUAGGAAUGUGGGCAGAACUCACUUCAUACUUCACCUCUUGCCGUCAGACAGAUGAAAAGACCAAACUCAUCUGCUCUCAGCUGGAGAGCCCUAAACUCAGAGUCACUUUCAUGUUCCUGAGCCAUGCAUUGGAGCCUCUCCGUGCCUUCGACGAGCGGCUCGAGAGUCGGGACGGCUCUGUCCGAGCAGAUCUUGUGCAGAUUUUACGAGACGCAAGUGGGAUCCUGCGCUCAUAUGCCUGCAGUUUCCUUCACCCACAGGCUGUUGUGCGGUUUCUGAAGGAACGAGAUGCAACUUUCCUUAAGAACAAGAAGUUCUACCUCUCUGGUGCUGACCUGUGUCUGGGUGGGACAGCAGUGGAGGACUUCUUGUCAGAGCGAGAAGCGGAAUUAGCGGACACUGCGAAGGAGUUCCAGGAUGAGUGCCUAUCCUUCUACACAACACUCACUGCUAGUUUGGCAGAAGGUUUGCCUUUGAGUGAUGGUGUUUUGAGGAGUAUGUCUCAGCUGUUGAGCCCAGAAGGAAGGUUAAAAGUCACUGGAAAGGCUGUAGCUGACCUGGGUGCCCAGUUGGGUCUUACCACAACCCCAGAGGAGACUUCCAAACUCACUGAUGAGUUCUUGGAGUACCAGCUAGUAGAGGAAGGUCAGGUUGAAGGCAAUGUUGAGAAUGGGUGUGCUGUUGGGGACUCGCACAAAAUAUCCUCACCCUCUCUGGAGAAGCACUGGAGUUCUGUCCUACGGCUUAUGGGUCCAGAAUCCAUCUUCAGAAAGCUUGUCCUGAGUCUCUUGGCUUUGCCAUGCCCUCCUCUUGAAGCUGAAAAAGUCUUUUCACAGGCUGUGGAGAAUGGGGAUGCCGCCCUGCUUGAUGACAGCCUGACAGACAGUGAUGUAGAGAUCUUAAAGGAAUCGGAUUUGACCAAUGAUGACUCGUCCUCAGAACAUACUAGUGCCAAGACCUCACCAAUCAGGAAUGGCAGGAAGAAGAAAGCCCCCAGCAGUUUAUCUGGAAGUGAGGUGAUUGACGUAACAAACACUCUGAAACCGUGCACUGUACGACUGCAGAAGAUCACCAGUAAGAGAAAAACAGAUUUAAAACAAGACGAUGCUAUCUUUUACGAAGAUGAUGUCACUUGGACUAGCACUACUUUUCAGGAGGUGAAAAAUGGAGUUGCCUUGUCAGCAUCAACUGGUUUUACUCCUAGUCCCAAACAUGUGAAGAAAGGUCAGAUGUAUCAGGAUGGUAAGGGCUUCACAACAGGAGAGCUGGUCUGGGGAAAGGUGAAGGGAUUUUCCUGGUGGCCUGGACUGGUGGUGGCCUGGAAGGGGAAGGCGCCGCCUCCGUCCAUGCGACGCGUGGAAUGGUUCGGAGAAGGAAUGUUUUCCGAGAUCUAUACGGAAAGGCUUUUGCCUUUUGCGGCCUUUGCUAAGUGUUUCUGCAACAAGUCCUAUGCCAGCUUACCCACCUACAAGGAUGCCAUUUACCAGGUUCUAGAGUUGGCCGGCGAGCGUUGUGAGAAGUCCUUCCCUGACACAGUCAACAGAGAGGAGGAGCUGAAGGUCAUGCUGGACUGGGCCUUUGGUGGCUUCCAGCCCACUGGUCCUGUUGGUUUCAUACCUCCCCCAGACACCUAUGGUAAUUCGAAAAUGGACUUGUCAGACUCCUCGAUGUCAGACUACCAGCCUCCAGCAAAGAGGAAAUACGUGAUCAAGAGCAGACCCUAUAUGACUCAGAGUUACAGCAGAGAACAAAUGGUCCAAGAGGUCACGGUCAAAGGCAAAAACAUUGAAGAUUUCUGCCUUUCGUGUGGAACUCCUGACGUCGAGAUUUUUCAUCCACUCUUUGAAGGAAGUCUCUGUUUGAAAUGCAAGGAGAACUUCACUGAGACUCUGUACAGAUACGAUGAAGACGGAUACCAGUCCUACUGCACUGUGUGCUGCGCUGGCCUGGAGGUCAUUCUGUGUGGAAAUGCUAGUUGCUGCAGGUGUUACUGUAAAGACUGUCUGAAUAUUCUGGUUGGCCCAGAAACCUUUGAUCAGCUCAAGGAGGUGGAUCCAUGGAGCUGUUACAUCUGUUUGCCACCAAAGAGGUACGGAGUCCUGAAGGUGAGACCUGACUGGAGCGUACGCGUGCAGGAGUUCUUCGCCAAUAACAGUGCCUUCGAAUUCGAGCCUCACAGAGUUUAUCCAUCAAUUCCUGCCCAUCACAGAAGGCCCAUCCGAGUCCUGUCUCUUUUUGAUGGCAUUGCCACAGGUUAUCUGGUGCUGAGGGACCUUGGGUUUAAAGUGGAACGAUACAUAGCCUCAGAGAUUUGUGACGACUCCAUAGCUGUGGGCAUGGUCAAACAUGAGGGGAAGAUAGAAUACGUAAAUGACGUGCGCACUAUCACCAAGAAACACCUGGCUGAGUGGGGUCCAUUUGAUCUCCUGAUUGGUGGAAGCCCCUGUAAUGAUCUGUCUAUGGUGAAUCCUGCUAGAAAAGGACUUUUUGAGGGCACAGGUCGACUCUUCUUUGAGUACUACAGAAUGCUGACGAUGAUGAGACCGAAAGAGGAUGACGACCGUCCAUUCUUCUGGCUUUUCGAGAACGUGGUAGCGAUGAGUGCCCACGAUAAGGCUGACAUCUGUCGCUUCUUAGAAUGUAACCCUGUUCUGAUCGACGCUGUGAAAGUCAGUCCAGCUCACAGGGCCCGAUAUUUCUGGGGAAAUCUACCCGGAAUGAACAGGCCCAUGGCUACCUCUCUGAGCGAUAAAGUAGAUCUUCAAGAUUGCCUGGAAGUAGGACGCCUCGCAAAGUUUAAUAAGGUGCGCACCAUCACAACCAAGUCAAACUCCAUCAAGCAGGGGAAGAUGGGACCCUUGCCAGUCUCUAUGAAUGGAAAGGAAGACUAUUUAUGGUGCACAGAGAUGGAGAGGAUUUUUGGUUUUCCCAAGCAUUACACAGAUGUGAACAACAUGGGCAGGAGUCAGCGGCAGAAGCUUUUAGGUCGCUCCUGGAGCGUCCCUGUAAUUCGGCAUCUCUUCGCCCCGUUGAAGGAUUACUUUGCUUGUGAAUAG